AUGGACAUGCUCCCACCUUCUCCACCCCUGGAGGUACCCACCCGUCUGGACAUUCAGUUUGAGAGACGUGCUUCCAUUCUGCCAACGACGACGACGACAUCAGAGAGAAGCAUGAUGAGCAUGAAAACUACUGUUUUCUUAGUCAUCGUCCUGUUUUUCAUUCAUACGAUCGACGCGAAAUCCCCAUCACGAAGCAAACGUCAAUGUGGAUGCUCCUCCUCGAAACCUCAAAUGUCCUGUAAAUGCUCCUCCUCCACUUCCACAUCACAACGAGUAUGUUCGUGUUCCCCACUUGCUUCCACUUCUUCCUCUUCCUGUGGAUGUCAAGCAUCCUCUUCGUGUGCCAACUCAUGUCGUUCAACAUGCCGCCCGACGUGUUCGUCUUCCGGUGGAUUCGGAUGUCGCAUGAAUUGCCAGAACACGUGUGUCAACGCAUGCAACAAACAAUUCGCACCAUCAUCCGCUUCAUCCACUCAAACAUCAUCACCACCAAUUCGAAUUCAAGUCAAAAGCCAGCCAUCAGUAGUUAGAGCAGUAGCUGGUCAAUCUUGUCUGUCUGACUGUAAUUCUCAGUGUUCAAAUGUUUGUCAACAAAAACAAUAUGGGUCGUCGCAAUGUGCGAGCUCUUGUAAUCGAUCGUGCUCUCGAGUUUGUCAAUCAAACCCUUCAAAUGGAGGGGCAGCACAAUCACAGACCACAACUCAAGCGCCGUUGAAGGUCAGCAUCAAAGUACUCGACGAUGGUGCCAACUGUAUGUCCACUUGCUCCGACACUUGCCGCUCAUCUUGCUCAAACCGAGUAUCCCAAUCCACAUGUGAUGCCACGUGUCAGAAUACUUGUUCCACUAUGUGCCCAGCACAGUCACCAGCUGAUCAACCAACCACUACUACUAAUGCACCAAUCAAAAUAAAAAUUCAGGUUCAACAACAACCUCAACAACAACAACAACAAACCGUUCAAAACAGUCCUCCACAACAGGUGCAGCAGCAACAACCUCAAGCAUCUAUGCUCACUCAGACAGCUCCUCAAGCAGCGGCGCCGGUUCAGCCUCAGCAACAGCCACAAAACUGUAUGAAUCAAUGUCAAUCUGGAUGUGCCACCUCGUGUGCUCAAUUGUCGACUCCUCCUUCUGAGGGAUGUCCAGCUAGUUGCCAAAACACAUGCCGUGACGUUUGUGCACCAAUAGUCGCUUCUCAACCAAGUACACCAUCUCCUCAGACUUACCCAGUUUUGUUGGAUCCACAGCAGAGAUGCUCUUCCGAAUGCCAAUCGGUUUGCCAACUUGCCUGUGUCACUCAGAAAUCCGCACCUCCAUCUUCAUGCCUUGACAAGUGUUCGCCACAAUGUGAUUCCGCUUGCACUAGUCCACAGGUGCAACGAAACUCGGCUCAACUAUUCACCCCGUCGGCCGAUCAAACAUCAUCUGCUCAACCGAUCAGAAUCAACAUCUCGUUGGCUCCAUUGACGCCGUCUGCUUCGACGUCUAUUUCCUCUUCUCCGGCACCUACCUCUUUAUAA